AUGGCGCCCCCGGGGAGGCCUAUCGUGGCAAUUGCCGCGGAUGGGAGCUCUAGACAGACGUAUGCGACCGCACGCAAGGCUGCUGAGGUGACCGGUGUACCUCAUGCAACGAUAGCUAGAGGUGCCAAGAGCUUGGCAAAACAUGGGGCUUUCUUUUUCAAGUUCGACGGCGACUCUCGCGAACCCGUCUUCGAACAAGGUCCGACGAUCACGGCCGAAGAUCGAGCACGAGCACAGGCCCUCUUUCACAGCCUGUCCGGAAAAGAUGGGAAACUCAUCACGGAGCUCCGACUAAGCGACUGUUUUGUAAAUGCGACGAAGAUGUGUCAGAGCGCGACAUUGGCCGAGGGCGUAGAGAAGAAAUUCACCAACUUCUACAGCCUCCAAGGAACGUCCAACUACAUCAAAGCACUGUCUCGCAGGCUUGGGGUACUUCCCAGACUGCUGGUUGAUCUGGGUUCGGGCGGGCAACCGACAUUCGUUCACCCAGAGCUCGCAUUGUAUCUGGCGAGCUGGAUCAGCUCCAAGUUCGCCGCCGAGGUGACGGGAUGGCUGGCACGGGCUAGGAAGGAACUUCCGGGAUUAGACGCCGAGGUACACGCGGCGCUUUUCAACUUGGAGGCUGACGAGCAUACGAAGAGUCCAGAAGCGGUCGUACGCAAUAAACUUGCGGCGGAGCUGUGUGCACAGACCGAAGUCGAGUGCGAGCAUGGGUUUGUCGACAUUGUCAGCCCUUGCGAAAUCAUCGAGGUAAAACAUUUCCGACAGUACAAGCAUGCCGUGGGGCAAGUACUGGCAUAUGGCUUGAGCUUCGAGAAGAAACGGAAACGAAUCCAUCUCUUUUCCACUGUCAAAGACGUGGACGAUCCCACCGGGAUUACGGACACCAUCGACAAGGCGCGUCGACUGUGCCAGAGCCUGAACAUCGACGUUUCGUUUGUUGGAAAAGUGACGGAUGACACCAGCAACGAAGAUUAUGUCCCACGGAAAAGACAUACUGAGUCUGACAAUGGCACUAACCCCAACAAAGAGAGACCGGCAAAAGCAGUGCAUAAUACAAUCGAGAAGUAUAUCGUAGCGAUUCAAAGCGGUGGGGUGAUGAACGCACCAAUCAGGACGCCUUAUGGCGGCAAUGCGGCCCACGUUGGUGACUUCGCGGCGUGUGUGCACCCGCUCGGACCGGCAUCCGUCGCCAAUGAUCCGACCCAAGAAACGGCGGAUAACGGGCGCUCGGACCGGAGCUUUGGGGACCCGCGUAUGUAA